CAUCGCUGCGUCGAUCUGCAAGGCCUUCGAUCCCUCCUCUCGCGUCUUACCCACCAUUUUUCUCCCCCCUUACGCACUUGGGUUCCUUACUUUUCUUGCUGAUGUUGCGCUUUUCCUCAGUAUUUCUUCUCCUGAAAUGAUCUACAAUCGGUCUCGUGAAUUGUCGUUUAUCCGGAGGUGGUGCAGCGCUCUGCGUCAAUCUCCAGCCUCUGACCUCAAGCUGUUUCGAUUCUUUGAUUCUGAGCCGCUUUCGAGAGAAAUUUUUCGGAAAGCAGAAUCGUUUGUGAGGAGCGAAUAAGGAAACGGAGAGAUUCUGCCUCACGUAGUUCCAUUUAGUUGAAAGUGCUUCGACAAAAGUGGAGUUGAAUCGGGAAUUGUGCUGUAGGUGUCUGUUAUCAAUUCUGUGAAGGAGCAAGGGGAGAUCUGGAGUUGCGGGUUGCGCAGGGGCAUGCUUUGCAUGUUUUAGUAGUUGAAGUUGUACUUCAGGAUCUACAUGGCGAUUGAGAAUAUCAAUAGCUUAAUGGAGGAAUUGAAAGUGAACGGAGACGUUGGUAAUGCAAAGCGUGACGCCAGUUUUGAGGAGUUGGACUACCAGAGAGGUUUCUGUAACCAUUUUUCAACAGAGGUUCUGAAGGGGGCGUUGCCAGUGGGACAAAAUAGCCCUCUCAAGUGUCCGUAUGGACUUUAUGCCGAACAGAUAUCGGGCACUGCAUUCACUGUUCCGCGGAAUCAUAAUCAGAGAAGUUGGUUGUAUCGGGUAAAGCCGUCUGUGACACAUGAACCAUUCCAUCCACGUGAGCCGACAAACGAACGGUUAGUGAGCGAUUUUAGUUCAACGUCUGCAGCAUCCGUAACUCCCACACAACUCAGAUGGAAACCACCCCAUGUUCCUGAGGCCGAGACAAAUUUUAUUGAUGGGCUGUACACCAUUUGUGGAUCUGGUAGCCCGUUUCUGCGUCACGGCUACUCCGUCCACAUGUACACUGCAAACACCUCCAUGGAGGGUUGUGCAUUUGCCAACGCAGAUGGGGAUCUUCUUAUUGUUCCACAACUAGGACGUCUAUGGAUCAAGACUGAGAUGGGUAGAAUACAGGUGAAGCCUGGGGAAAUUGUGGUUGUGCAACUUGGUAUACGCUUCGCUGUAGAGCUUCCUGACGGCCCCUCUAGAGGUUAUGUUGUCGAAGUUUUUAGUGGGCAUUUUCAAUUACCAGACCUCGGCCUCAUAGGCGCAAAUGGGCUUGCUGAUCCACGAGACUUCCUUACACCCAAAGCUUGGUUUGAGGAGAAAAACUGGGGGAUAGGUGGUUUCACUGUUAUACACAAAUUUGGUGGCGCACUCUUCGAUGCCAAGCAGGACUUUUCUCCCUUCAACGUCGUCGCUUGGCAUGGAAAUUAUGCCCCGUAUAAGUACAAUCUGAAGAACUUCUGUCCUUACAACACUGUAUUGUUUGAUCACUCGGACCCAUGCAUCAAUACAGUUUUGACUGUACCGUCGGAAAGACCUGGUGUAGCGGUGGUGGAUUUUGUGGUCUUUCCUCCGAGGUGGUCCGUUGCUGAGCAUACUUUUCGACCGCCCUACUUUCACCGCAACUGCAUGAGUGAGUUUAUGGGUCUAAUUUACGGCGUGUAUGAGGGAAAGGCUGAUGGUUUUCUCCCAGGAGGAGCAAGUCUUCACAACUGCAUGUCUCCCCACGGGGUAGAUACUGUCACCUAUGAGAGAACUAUCUGCGAGGACCCAAAGCCAUCCAAAAUUCCGGAUCAUGCAUUAGCAUUUAUGUUCGAGUCCUCUCUUAUCCCUCGUGUCACUCCUUGGGCUCUGAGCUCUCCCCAGCUGGAUCCUGAUUACUACAAAUGCUGGAUUGGCUUGCGCUCUCAUUUCGAUCGUGCCAAAAAGCCUGAAGCAGUAGAAUCGUAGUCAGAGAAUGAAUGACAUUCCGUUCCUUCGGAAUUGUUGUGCUUUGGAUGUUGCCAACAUGUGAAGCGUCGUAGUGACAGACCACUGUGGAAAGCUAUUUCUGCAUCGACCUCGCUAGGCCACUUGUACAUUUGCCAGCAUAUAAUUCUUAGUUUGUGUGUCUGUACUAUACACAUAGUGUACACUUAUUGAAGGUUUAGGUUCCGUCGUGGUCUCCAGAGCUGGGAGUGUGAAAAUGACUGGACAGAUAGUAUAACAGCAUGAUGCCUUGAACUGAGGGUGGAUUUAGAUCUAGAAUGAGACCCUGGACAAGAAUUCCAAGUAAGUAUUAAAAGUAAUAUUAAAUUCUCUAUAAAAACACAUUCGGAGAAAUGCAGCAAUUCAAUAUAAUUGGUAGGAAGCUCCAAAUUGUUGGGUAGGCGUUUACACUACUGCCAAAUAGUGGGUAAACAAGAAAUUUAAAGAUGGAUAUUGAAAUGAUACGAUUUUUUUAAAUAUUUUUACUAUAUUUAAACUGUAAUUUGAUUUAGCUUAUGACUAGGAUAGCAAUUAAUUACAAUUAAAGAAAAUCUAAAGUCAAACGGAUGACGGACUUGUCUAUGCCGCAAAAGCCAGGCCCUUCCAGUUGCGGUUGCGUCCGGAUGAACCCUGGAUCUAAGUCUCGCUCCUAAUUGUACCGACCUCAAAUCAGUACCGAUUUUAUCCAGACCUCGGAUUAGGUUCGGCCUCCUGUAAGUACCGGUUGCAUCCGUGGCCUCUAUCGACCAUCCAGUGGCACGGGUUGUCCAGGGUUUAUUUGCUCGCCCUCGCCAAAGUAGUUUUCUUUUCUGCGAGCAGUUGGUGCUGGCAUGUGGCUGGGAUUCGUGUCAGCAGUCACUGGUGGAGGUUUCCUUGCUCGGCGCAUCGCUUUUACAACAGAGGCUGUUGUAUACACAAGCUAGGAUCGGAGUGGUGGUCGGCUGAGGAUCUCGUGGGUCGAGCUGAUAGAAGCGUAAGUGCAUGUGUUGGAGCAUUCCAUCUUGAAGUCCUCGACGUGGUCUAAGAUGACAACAACUCCACCAGGAUGCUGGUCAUGAAGAGCAGCUACACUGAAGUGCACGUGUCGGUGAGAGUUUGCAGGGAGGAUCAGGUCGUACCUAUCUGCCUUGCAGCCAUUUGUUUUGGCAUUACCACGGACAGAGCACGCGAAAGCCUUGCUUUUAUCCGGAGCAACUUCGGUUAAAUACUUACCACCACCGAUACCACCAAACAGCGACAACAGGAAGAGAACCAGAACAAGGGUCCUCAAGAUCGCCAUUCGUGCGGCAGCUGCUGCUCCCCCUCCUCGCAAAGCUACAGUCGACCGUAUCCGAGCAGCUUGCGCAGCAAAGGAACCUCCUAAAACAAUUUGGAUGCGUCAAGUGCAACGCAGCCGACUCAAUGGACUCCUGGGAUGCUUCUGGAGUGGGUCAACCAUGAUGGAUUAAGUGUAUCUGUUAUAUACAAGACAGCUUAGAGGAGCCCAGGGAAGAGGGGAAUUGGGAAUUAGAAAUUAGGGAACGAGGAAGCAAUGGGUGUGCCAGAGAUAGCAGUGCAGAACGGUACGUGUUUCCGCUAUUUGUAAAUAGUAAUGCUCAUUUCUACGA